CACGCGCUCUGGAAGUCCGCGCUCCGCGGGGCUCGCCGGGCUUCACCGGGGCUCCCUUAAGCGCCGAGACACAGAAAGGCGCCGAAGGCGGGAGCGGAUCGGGCCCCUCGCGGCUGCGGCAGGCGCCCCGCCGCCGCCCCCCCCCCCGACUCAAGCCGCCCGCUGGGGACGCCGCUCGACGGCCGCGCGCUCCGCUCGGGAAAGGCGCCAAGCCGCGGGCGAGCUUUUCCCGGGCCGGAGGGUCGCCGCCCCCCGCCCGCCUAACCGCGGCCAGGGCGCCGCCGAGGCCCAGCGCCGUCCAGCGGAGCGCGCCGCCGACUCUCCCCGCGCAAGGCCGCGCCGGCUGGGCCGCAGGCCCCUCCCCCGCGGCCGGCGUCCCCCCGCGGCCCCGCCGCGCUCGGAGGGCGCCCAGUACCCGCGGGGGCGCCCGGGGCACUGCCGGCGGCUCUCCAGGCGGCGGCGGCGGGGCGGGGCGGCCCCUUCACACGCGCGGCCCUGCACGCCCACUCGGCGCUCACGGGCUCCUCCGAACCGGCGGGCGAGCGAGGGAGGCGGGCCCUCAGACGCCCCGCCGCCGGGCGCCUCCCCCCGGCCUGGCCCGGCCCGGCUCGGCGCAGGCGACGCGGGACAUGGCAGGGCGCCGACUCGGCCGGUGGGGCUCCCCGCCGUGGGGGGCGCUGGCCGCCCUGGCCGCCGCCCUGCUGCUCCGCGUACGGGCCCAGCCGCCGGAGGCGGCGAGGCGGCAGGGCGGGCAGCUGCGGGUCGACCAGGCCUGGCUGCGGGUGCGCGGCGAGGGGCUGGCGGAGGCGGCGACGGUCUCGUGGCGCUCCGAGGCCUGCUUCCAGUGCUUGUUCCAGGAGCUGGCGUCCCUCGCGCCGAACGGAACCGUCGAGGAGGCGAGCGUGGCGGUGGACUGCCAGCACGGCCUGGCCCUGCGGGUCAGCGGCGCCGCCGAGGGCCAGGAGCUCUGCAGGGCACACUAUCAUUUUGGAGAGUUUGGAAACUAUUCUCUAAUAGUCAAGAGUGACCCUAGCAGCCAGAAGAUUUUGUGCAACAUAGUUAUCAAUCAAGAACCUGUCAACAGCUACCUCCCUAUAUUCUUUGCAUUUCUCAUCUAUAUGGGCACCUUCGCUCUACUGGCCUUGGGACAGUUUUGUGUGAACAUUGAACCAAUCAGGAACUGGCUUUACGUGAAGAUGAAUCCAAGAGAAACAGAUCGUCUUAUUAAUUCAGAACUUGGCUCCCCAAGAAGAACAGAUUCCAUUAGCAGUGGUUUACCUCCUGGGGUAUGGAGCCCUGGGUCGACCAUACAGAGACUGCGCUCGCUGGAUACGUUCAGAGGGUUGGCUCUGACAAUUAUGGUGUUUGUGAAUUAUGGUGGAGGAAAGUACUGGUUCUUCAAGCAUCAGAGCUGGAAUGGACUAACUGUAGCAGACCUUGUCUUUCCGUGGUUUGUGUUUAUCAUGGGCACCUCCACUGCACUCUCUCUGAGUUCCAUGCUGAGACGGGGAUGUUCUAAGAGGCAGCUGCUGCUGAAAAUCCUCUGGCGAAGUUUCCUCCUCAUCCUGAUUGGUGUCGUGGUGGUGAACCCAAAUUACUGCCUUGGCCCUUUGUCCUGGGAUAACCUGCGGAUUCCAGGGGUGCUCCAGAGACUGGGGUGUACAUACCUUGUGGUUGCCGGGUUGGAGCUCCUCUUUGCCAAGCCUGUGCCUGACAGCACCAGUGUGGAAGCCCCGUAUUCUGCUCUCCGGGAUUUUCUGCCAUGCUGGCCCCAGUGGCUUUUCAUGAUAGCACUUGAAGCAGUCUGGCUGUGUUUAACCUUCCUGUUAAAUGUACCUGGAUGUCCUACAGGUUACCUUGGUGCUGGAGGCAUCGGUGAUUUUGGAAAAUAUCCCAACUGUACAGGAGGAGCAGCUGGGUACAUUGACCGCUUGCUCCUAGGAGAGAAACACAUCUAUCAGCACCCAUCUUCUAAUGUGCUGUACAUGACAACAGUGGCCUUCGACCCUGAAGGAGUGCUGGGAACCAUCAAUUCUGUCAUCCUGGCAUUUUUGGGACUUCAGGGAGGAAAAAUUCUCUUGUUGUUCAAAGACCAACCCAGACAGAUCAUGCUCCGUUUUUGUGUUUGGAGUGUAAUCAUGGGUGUCAUUUCUGCUGUGCUGACCAAGUGCUCAAAAGAGGACGGUUUUAUUCCUGUGAACAAAAACUUAUGGUCGGUCUCCUACGUGACCACGCUGAGCAGUUUUGCCUUCAUUCUUCUGCUGCUGAUAUACUACCUUGUUGAUGUCAAGAGGGUGUGGUCGGGUGCUCCAUUCUUCUUUCCUGGCAUGAACUCAAUUCUUGUCUAUGUUGGCCAUGAAAUAUUUGAGAACUACUUCCCGUUUAAGUGGAAGAUGCGGGGCCCACAAUCCCACAGCGAACACUUGGCUCAGAACCUCAUUGCUACUUCUUUGUGGGUCGUCAUAUCCUAUGGACUCUAUCAGAAAAGGAUAUUCUGGAAAAUCUAAUGGGACAGCGGAAGAACAAGCAGCUGGAAUAUGUGAACACCAAAGCACCAUUCUUAAGGACACUGCUGCUACUUUUGCUUCUUUUUUUAAAAAAAGGGAUCAUGUAUUUGGUUUACAUUCCCUUCGGUAUACAUUGAACUGUGUAUUGGUGUUGAAGAUUUGUUGACUGAUGUGCCAUUUGUUAAAACAAAGCCUUUUUCAAAUUAUCUACAUAUAUCUGAUGUACUACUCCAUUUCUUAAUAAACAUACUGAACAGCUCCUA